AUGUGUAUGUUCAUGUUAGGAGGGGAGGGUAACAAGUCUGAGAAGACUUCUGGUCUUUCUGUGUCUUUAGCGUUCUCUGCCUCUCUUAUGGGGCAGCUGGAGGGGUCUACACCGGAAUAUUUCGGCACAAACAUAGUCAGCAGUGGAUGGGAUUGGCAUCGGGGGUUUCUCACAGCUGCUCAGUGACUCAGGAGGAGAAGGACCCCAACACCAAAACAUGUACUUUUUCUUUUUAUGCUCUCUAAACAUCAAGGAUUUUAUAGGAACCGCAUAUUUGACUACUGGGAUGAUAUUGGACUACUUGGUGUGAGUGGCCUCCGGAGGAUAUAUUUGGAUUUAUGAUUCAGCUUGUUGGUGCAGACGUGUCUGUUUCCAUGUGAGACGUGAACAAAGGGAGACACCAACAACCAAAAUAAUCAGCUUCAUUAUAUCUAACACAGCUUUUACCUCCAGUGAAGGAAGCGAUGUCGAGGGCUUCGUCGACCCAGACUACUCCUCAGUUCUACAGAGUCAGCGACAAAGACCUCACGGAGAUCGAGCUUCAUUCUGUUGACUCCAUCAACGACCUCCAUCGAAUACACGGUGAACACAGUCAGAAAGGUGCGAGGCCUCCUCGUCCUGCGUACACACCCUCCCUGAAUGGGAACUUAUACACUCACGGUGCAACACGUGUCAAUCAAAGAGGCCAGCCGCUCAGCAGCAAACUGCAGAGCCGUCUGCAGGAUAUGUUGACACCGAGUUCAUCCCGCGCUUACGCCAUGGGCUGUGCUAUUAUUACGCUGCUUCUGCUCACAGUGCUGCUCAUCUUUUACUUCCUAGUCAGGCAGGGCGGCGCCAUCCAGAUGCUUAGCGAGGCCAUGAAGGAGAAGGAGGAGGCGGCCUCGGAGCUGUCGCUGCUGGUCCAAGAACUGCAGGCCCUGAGACGAAACCUGACAGCCGUGAGAGGAGGGACGUGAGGGCGACACCAGGAAAACACCAGACGUCGUACGCAUGUUCUCCACCGGCACGUAUUUGUGUCACACAGGGAGCGAAAAACUUGAGAAGUGAUGUCUCAUGACGGGUUUUCCUAAAGGCAUUCGUCCAAAUUGUCUCUGAAUGUCAUUUGUGUUUCAUGUCAUUGUCAGAUUUCCAUUUUGUCUGAUUUUUAGCCACGGACUUUAAGGAUAUAAUAUUGUUUACUUCAUAUUUCAUGAAGUGGUGUGUAGUAUUACUGUGUACCCAUAUAUGCAAUUAAACUGUGAUAAAGUGUUAACAUAGCAAAAUAAAAAUGAUAAAUAUUGCUUUGACAA